AUGAUGACCUACACUCGCACAAUUCCCUUUGCCCUUUUUGCCUUGUUGGGCACAGGAUUGGCCCAAACCGUGGAUGGCCCCGAGUUCAACAAGCCUAACGCUGGUCCCCCAGGAAGCUAUUUCGCCGCUGGCUCGUCUAUCCCCGUGGCUGCCUUGAAGAGCGCUGCUGCGAAGGCUACCACUGCCGCAAAUAAAGGAACCUAUCCCAUCAGCAGCGAUAGCGGAGCUAAGAAAGUGACCAUCCACAGCGACUGGUCCAAAUUUAGCGAGGGCGCGGCAUUUGUUUGGACCGCGGAUAUGGAUGUCGACUGCGACGGCCUUGACUACAAGUGUGUGGGAAACCCCGAUGGCCUGCCGGAGACCAACUUCGGUGCUUUGGCUGCCUAUGAAGUGCCGUUCAUUGUGAUUCCCGACACGUUUGCAGGAGCCUACGAGACGGCUCUUGAGGGAAACAACAUCGGUGCGGUUAUCUGUGGUGGAAAGAUGUUCUACGGUAUCUUUGGAGACACCGAUGGCGAUGACCCCGAGGUUAUCGGCGAGGCCUCAUGGUUGAUGGCCCGUACCUGCUUCCCCGAUGAUGAUCUGAAUGGAAACAACGGCCACGUAGAGGCUGAUGUUACCUACAUCCUCUUCACUGGUGCCAACUCGAUCCUCCCCAGCAGUGCUCUCACCAAGAACUACAUCACCAACUUCACCACACUGCGCUCUAUGGGUGACAAGCUCAUGACCGCUCUUGCGAAGAACCUCAACCUGAGUGGAGGUGGUGGCUCUACCACAACCACAUUGAAGACCACAACUACCUCUAGCACCACCCCUACUGGAGGUACUUGCUCAUGGGUGGGACACUGUGCCGGUGCCUCUUGCUCCGAUGAGAAUGACUGCUCUGAUAACUUGAUUUGCAAGAGUGGAAAGUGUGCCGCUGAAUAA